CUAGAUCAAAACCUUUGACAAUCAACAUUGUAAUAUAUAAUUAUUUUCAUUUUAUGCAUUACGAUUUAUGAAUUCAGUAAGUCAUUGUCUCCCUUAGUUUUUUUGAGUCAGAGUUUCAUCUGCUACGUGUUACGUUAUUUUAAACCCAUUAUGAGUUAUUCACCGUCAACGCAGCCUAAUGUCACCAAACCAGAUUGGCUGAGUCGUAUCGAAAACAUGAAAGUCAACCGAAAAGACAUGAACAAAUUGAUUAUGAACUAUUUGGUUUGUGAAGGAUUCAAAGAAGCGGCUGAAAAAUUUGAACAAGAAGCAGGAAUAAGUUCUCCGCUCAAAUUAAACACUUGGGGUAAUCGGAUUAAAGUUAUUGAGGCUGUUCAAUCUGGUAAAAUGCAAGAAGCCAUUACACUUAUUAACCAAUUAUAUCCUGGACUGUUAGAUGAUGAUCGUGAUUUAUACUUUCAUUUACAGCAAUUGCAUUUAAUUGAAUUAAUCAAAGAAGAUAAUAUUGAGGAAGCACUUGUAUUUGCCCAAGCUAAACUAUCAGAAGUAGGAGAAGGAAAUCCCGCUAUACUUACAGAAUUGGAAAGAACACUUGCCUUAUUAGCAUUUGAAGAACCGCAGAAAAGUCCAUUUGCUGACCUUCUUCAGACCACACACCGAGAAAAAGUAUCUAGUGAGCUGAAUGCAGCUAUUUUAAGGUUUCACAAUCAACCUACAAUUACACCUAAACUUUAUAACCUUAUGAAGUUAAUAAUGUGGGCCCAAGAUGAGCUAGAUAGAAAAAAAGUUAAAUUCCCGCAUAUGACUGACUUUGGAUCAGCUACUUUGGAACCCCCUAAAUGACGUAUAGUUAAUGAGUACGACGACGUAUGUUGUGACUCUUUUUGGCUGUUUGAUCAUAAAGAUUAAAUUAUAAGUUUUUUUUUUAUAUAAAUAUUCAUUAUUCAUAACUACUUCCUAAUAUUCUUAUAUAGAUCAGUUAGAUACAAUCCAUUACUAAACAAUAAUGAAGAAAAACAUUUAAUUUUAAUUUUAUCUCAUUGAUUAUAUUAGCUUAUGAAGUAUUAUGAUGUUUCUAUUAGGUAAUUAAAAUAU